AUGUUUUUAUCUUAUUCGUUAUUUGUAUUGGAAUUGAAACGAAAUGGCCGGUGGAAAUAUUUUCUUGACUACCGUAAAUUUCAACGAAAGAGAAUAAGUCACAGCCUGCGUAUCAGUUUUCUAGAGAAUUGUUUAAGAGCGAAUAUUAUCCCAAAGUUUCUGAAGUUUCGAAUACCAGAAAAUGGUUGUUUCGACGAUAGAAUAGUAGAAGACUUUCAACUACGACUCUUGAGAAAGGAAUUGUUUAAAGCUAAAGGUGAACAACAAUCUGUUAACGAGAAACUGACGAAAUCUAGAAACGCUUUAAAACAGAAAAUCAACAUAAAGCUUUUACCAUCACUUAUACUUCAUAUAAGAAUUCAUAACAGACUACAUGAAAAAGAACAUACUGACAAAUUAAAUGAUAAACUCACUAGACUAUCAAGUGAACAAGAUAAACCGUUAUUUAACGUUGAUAACACUGUGAUCUGUUACCAGUUGGACAAAAAACCGCCAAAAUACGUUUUGGACACGUUAGCCCUGGGUCCGAGAAAUGCUGUACUUGGAAAGUUUAAUAAGAAUGACGUUCUUACAGAGCUUGAUGAUCUGAUUAGAUUUUGCAGAGGACAAAAGGUGGAAGAAGAUGUCAUUACUGAUAUGAAUAUUAAAACACUAGCAUAUAUCAAAAGAUGCAGUAAACAAAAAGGAUCCAGAAAUUUGCAAUUGACGAAUAGAUACCUUAAAGAGAAUAACCUCGUUGCGCUACCUUUCGAUAAGGGCAUCGGAAUUUGCAUCAUGAAAGUAGAAACGUACAAUAAUAAAAUGAGUGAAAUCACCGAUUUACCUCAAUUUGAAAAACUCGUCGGGAGAAGGAAGAAUGAGAAGCACCCAAUGCUUAAAGAAGAAGAAAGAGUUUUAUCCAUGUUAAAGUUGUUGAAAAAAGAUAAUAAAAUCUCGGACGCAUUGUACGAUAAGAUGAAACCAGUAGGAAGCCAACCGCCACGUCUAUAUGGCCUAGCGAAGGUACAUAAGAAAGAUACACCAGUUCGACCAGUACUUUCCAUGCCUGGCUCAGCCUACUAUAAAAUUGGUAAUCAAGUUUCAAAAUGGUUAUCUGUUUUAAAGGAGUGCAAUAUCAAUUCCUCAACAAAGGAAAUUUCUGAUCUGUUAUCUCAAAUUCAACUUAAUACGAACGAAGAACUAGUUAGUUUUGAUAUAAAGUCUUUGUAUACAAACGUUCCGCUUGAUGAAGCCAUAAAUGAUUGCACCGAGCUUUUAUUUUCUGGUAAAUACGAACAGCCUCCGGUAGAUAAAGAAACCUUUAAAACCUUAGUCUCUUUGUGCAGUCGUGACGUAGUUUUAUUAUCACACGAUGGUUAUUACAAGCAAAUCGAUGGCUUAGCUAUGGGCAGCCCACCAGCUCCACUUCUCGCUAAUGGUUGGCUAAGCAAGUUUGACUCUAUCCUCAAAGACGAUGCUGUACUGUACUCAAGGUAUAUGGAUGAUGUUUUGAGAAACAUAGAACGUAAUAGAAUUGACGGAAAACUUCUACAAAUUAACGACCUGCAUCCGUCACUCAAAUUUACCAUUGAAAAAGAAGGGAAGAAUACGUCUAUACCUUUUCUGGAUAUGUUAAUUAUUCGUUCAAAUAACAAUUUAUCAUCGACAUGGUACACGAAAGCUACCGAUACAGGCCUGACGAUGAACUUUCAUUCACUGGCACCACGGAAAUAUAAACGGUCAGUCGUAUCCGGCCUAGUUCAUCGAAUACAUCGAGCGUGUAGCACAUGGUCGAAUUUUCACCAAAGUCUAGAAAAAGGUAAAACUGUUCUUGAGAAAAAUCAAUAUCCGAAAGCUUUCUAUGACCCGAUAAUUAAAAGUACGAUAUCUAAGAUUAUGGAAAAUAAUGAUAACGAGAAUCCUGAUGAAGAAAACGAGAAAGAAGAGUCUGAAGAGAAGAUGAUUUUCAUUCAAUAUCGUGGGCGAGUUUCGGAGAAAUUUGAAACUUCUAUGAGAAAGUUGAAUAUUCCGUGUAAAAUUAUUUUCACAUUGAAAAAGUUGAAAAGUUCUCUGCCUCCAUUGAAACCUGUAAUUGAAAAAUGUUUCAAAAGUUGUUUGGUAUACAAAAUAGAAUGUCCAAGAUGCAACUCGUGCUAUGUCGGACAGACGAGCCGACAUUUAAUCAAACGACUUAAGGAACAUAAAAGAACUGGUCCGGUGGGAAAGCAUUUCGACGAUUGCAAUAAUCUUUUAACAAUGGAAAAUGUAUCAAUUUUAUGUUCAUCAACGCGGAACGUUUAUCAUUUAAUGACUCUUGAGGCGCUAAUGAUCAAUUACAUCAAACCGAUUUUCUUACCUGAUGAUGGAUAA